AUGAGGCUUUCUGGGCCGCCGGUCAUUCAAGACUUUUUGCUGAGUCACGAAACUGGUGUUGGCGCACAGUUGACUUAUCGUUAUCUAAUGCAAAAGGCUUCUUGCCGAUCCAGCACUGGGCCUACUAAAACACAGGUAAACAUCCACAAAAAUAUAAUCGGAAAUGGAAAUGUGAUCGGCAUGGUUGGGAAUGUCAGCAAUUCCAAAGUUUUAUUGUCUUUGAAGAAAAGGGAUCAGGAAGGAAGAGCAGAAAACAUAGACGAUGGUGAGGCAGAUCCAAAUUAUAAUGAGGACGAUUAUAGUAACUGCGAUAUAGAUCCAAAUAUUGAGUUAUCAGGAACAGAUACCGGUCCAAAGUCACUUAAAGAUUGGGAUUAUUUAAAUUCAAGUGUCGAUUAUCCGCAUUAUGAUUUAUCAACUGAGAUCAAAGAUCUUUUCAUAGUACUAUUAGAUACCAAUUCGUUAAAUAAGUAUAAAAAGUGUCUUUAUAAUGUCACAUUUUACCGUGAAAAUGAUAUAGAAAUGAUAUUUGUAAUAGAUGUCUUAUUAUGGUAUGCAAAAAACGUAUUCAACACUACAUCGGCUUUCCAUAGUAUAAAUAAGAAUGAAGCAUUGUUGGGAUCGCUUAUGAUUCAUCCAGUACUACAAUACCUUGUAAACGCAACUAAGCAUGUUAUAUACGUGCCAGGUGAGAUUUAUCUUAAAGCUAGUGCUGAUGAGCCUUUAGGCAUGAAAGUCGAUGGUUCUUUCCAGUUCCCUGAUGAGAGAGGACUCGAGAUUGGCAUGGUUGAAUUAUCUGGUGGCUAUUUAACCAAGGACAGAGAUGUCAAUAUUUUUAAAUUCUAA